UCUACAGAGUACAGACCACAAUUUCCUGUUCUCUUCUUGGCCAAAUCGCUGUCAAGUCAUCACAAAAGGGUCAAGUCUCCAUUGGAAAUGAAGGAAGAAAUCCCCACGAAACAGUCUCACGCACCUCACUCAAUUGUUGCUUAGAGAUACCAUUACUAGUUCACCGCCUUAUGAACACUCCUUACUUACCUUCAAAGCCCAGCUCAACCUUCAGCUCCGUUUCUCUCCUCCGCCGAUCUUCGGUGGACCCUCUUUUUUUCCGGAGAAAAUGGAGCUUCUAAGCCCUUCAUACCCUCCUAGCUAUGGCCCUUCUUCGCCUGAAUCCCUUUCUGGGUUUUCUUCUCCGGCAAGUUUCCGACUUGGGUUUGAUCGGGGGAUCACUUCCCAGUUGCCUGAUAUCGUCGAGGACGAUGGCAACAAAGUGUUCGUGGCAGUUGGGAAGUCUGUGGAGAAAGCAUUGGGCUUGCUUAAUUGGACUUUAAGACGGUUUGAGGGUAAACACGUUUGUAUUCUUCAUGUUUAUCAGCCUGCUCACUUCAUUCCCACUCACUUAGGAAAACUUCCAGUAAGUCAAGCAAAUGUCGAUGUGGUAUCUACGUAUAGGAAGAACGAAAGGGAACAAACAUUGAAGCUUUUACGAAGUUACUUGAGCGUUUGCUCUGGAGCAAAGGUGACAGCAAGCAUCAUCACAGUUGAAGCUAAUCAAGUACAGAAAGGAAUUGUGGAUUUGGUGAAUGAAUAUGGUAUUAGGAAGCUUGUCAUGGGGGCUGUUUCAGAAAAUUGUAUGAAGCUUAAAAAGAGGUCGAGCAAAGCAUACUAUGCUGCCACAAAUGCUCCGUUAUUUUGUGAAAUAUGGUUUGUCAACAAAGGGAAACACGUGUGGACUAGAGACUCUUCUGAGGACCCAAGUUCUCUUCCUUCAUGUAGUCGACCACAGCUUGCAACUGCAGGGAAAAACAUAUUUAGAUCAUUUCAAUACGGUAAGAAUAAGUCAAUCCAUUUAAAUUGGCUUCGAUCCAAUUCUGCUAGGGGUGCAGAACCGUUUCAAAGUAACCAGGUUCAGUGUGAACCGUUUCAUGGGGAAUUGGCUUCUUCACCGACUUUGUCGUGUUCAAGUACUUUUCUCCGUGAUUUCAAUGGUUUAUUUAGCCCUACAAGUGCUAGUGCUGGUUCAGGGUAUAAUUCUGCUGAAAGAAGAGUGUCUUCAGACUCUGAUGAAGAGAAAUUAUAUAGUAAGCUUAUUGAUCUCAGGAUAGAAGCUGAGACAUCAAGGAAUAAGGCAAAUAUAGAUAUAGUAAAGCGUAGAAAGUUGGAAUCAGAUGCUAUUGAAGCUAUAAGUAAGGCCAAAAUGUUUGAUUCUGCCUUCACACAUGAAAGAAAACUUAGAAAAGAGGCUGAGGAUGCAUUAAAAAUUACAUUAGAGGAACAAGAAAAGCUAUUGAAAGAAAGAGAAGACAUAACUCUAGAGCUUCAUAGGACCAUGAGAAAUGUUGCACUACUGGACAGUCGUGCACAAGAAGCAAUCCGCAGGCAUGACGAAGCUACCGAUGAACUGAAACUAGUGCAAGAAUCCAUUGCAACCUUGAGGCAGGAAAAACAGCGGAUUCGAAAACAGAAGAUGGAAGCAUUACGCUGGCUUGAGCGGUGGAGAAGUCGUGGACAAGGUAGAGGUGCAAACUGUACUAGUCUUAUUGGGUUCAUUGAUGAGUUACCUGUGCUGGCAGAAUUUUCAUUGUUGGAAUUGGAAACUGCAACAUGUAAUUUUUCUGAGAGCUUCAAAAUUGGGCACGGAGGUUAUGGUUGUGUUUACAAAGGGGAGAUGUUGGGUAGAACUGUUGCUAUUAAGAAGUUGCAUUCAUACAACAUGCAAGGGGAAUCAGAAUUUCAACAAGAGGUAAAAGUUCUAGGCAAACUACAACAUCCUCAUCUUGUGACAUUGCUUGGUGUGUGCCCAGACGCCUGGUCCCUUGUAUAUGAAUAUUUGCCCAAUGGCAGCCUUCAAUAUCAUUUGUCCAGGAAAAACAAUGUUCUGACCUGGAAAAUUCGAGCACGGAUUAUUGCCGAAAUUGCUAGUGGACUUUGCUUUUUGCACUCUUCAAAGCCUGAAAUUAUUGUCCAUGGUGAUUUGACUCCUCGAAAUAUACUUUUGGACUCUGCUCUCAGUUGUAAGAUUUGUGAUUUUGGGAUUUGCAGGAUGAUAAAUGAGGACAACUUGUAUUGCCCAAGUUUACGAUGGUCAAAGGGGCCAAAGGGUGCCUUUUCUUACACAGAUCCAGAGUUUCAGAGAAUUGGAGUCCUGACAUCCAAGUCUGAUGCUUACUCCUUUGGUUUAAUCAUUCUGCAGUUACUCACAAAUAGGUCUCCAGUAGGUUUAGCAGGUGAGGUCCGCAAAGCAGUUUCAUCUGGAAAAUUGCCAUCGAUGUUGGAUUCCUCAGCUGGAGAAUGGCCAAACCAUGUCGUUAGGCGAUUAGUAGACAUUGGCUUGCAAUGUUGCGAAAUGAACGGUAGAGAUAGACCAGAUAUAACACCCUCUUUUGUGAGAGAACUCGAGCAGUUGCACGUCUCUGAAGAGCGGCCAGUACCAUCAUUCUUCUUGUGCCCCAUCCUUCAGGAAAUAAUGCAUGACCCUCAGGUGGCUGCUGAUGGAUUCACUUAUGAAGGGGAAGCCAUGCGAGGAUGGUUGGAAAAUGGCAAAGAUACCUCUCCAAUGACCAAUUUGAAGCUAAGUCACCUGCAUCUCACUCCCAACCACGCUAUACGGCUUGCAAUUCAGGAAUGGCUUUGUAAAGCAUAACAAAACCAUUACAUGAAAAUUGUAGAUUAGUAAAUACACGUGUAUAAUGUGAUAUGUUGUAACUUUUAAGUUAUGUAGUUGCAAUUUUGUUUGGUUUGCCUUAACUAGAGAUUAUGAAAUAUAAAAGGGGACUAUUUCACACUUGAGAAA